AUUCGGGAACAACGCACCCUGCAAUUUCCUCGGUUGCGGCGAGUAAUGCCCAGAGAGCGAGCGUCCCGAAAAUUAUAUUUCCCGAUUCGUCCCUGGUCCCGCGACACUCGUCCGCGCGCGAUUGCUUCCCCUGGCCGGCACCCCCACGCCACGUCUGGCGAAUGUAAGUAAAAUGGUGGCCGUCACCUGUACCGUUCGGCAGCGCUAUGUCUGCGUGUCUGCGCAUUGAGGACGGCGUCGCCACCGCCGCCGACGAGGUUUCGUCGCGGGCCAUGGACGCCAGCGGGUCGCGUUCCGCUCAGUACCGGGUUCUGCUGGAUCGGUUCCGGAGUUUGGAGGCGAGUCACGCGAGGCUGAAGGAGGAGCUCGAGGCGCUGAUCAAGGAGAAAGGGAUGGGGGAUGAGGAGUCGUCGGAUUCCGGCGAGACGUCGCCGGAGUAUGGGUGGGGAAACAUGCCGGGGUGUUUCUCGGUGACGGGUUAUUUCUUGAACGUCUUGCAGUGUAUGGGUCAUGCCGUUCAUGUUUGCUCUGCUUUGUCUGGAGAGAUCUUAUUCUGGAAUCGUUCAGCUGAAGAACUGUAUGGAUGGAAGCACUAUGAAGUGGUGGGACAAAGAGUUGUAGACCUGCUUAUUGACGAAGAACACUUUAUCACUAUCAAGAAAAUCUUCGAAAGAGUGAGCUCUGGGCAGUCAUGGUCAGGUCAGUUCCCUUUUAGGAAGAGGUCUGGUGAGAUAUUUAUGGCGCUAGUGACAAAAAGCCCAUUAUAUGAGGAAGAAGAUGGUAGGUUUGUUCUUGGUGGUGUUAUCAUUGUCUCCAGUGAUGCAGCUGUAUUUAAUGGUACGAGGUCAGAAAUAUUGAAACAAUAUCAUGAUCGCGGCAAUGGCCAACAAAGAGUAUGGGGAUUAAACCUGAAAAGGAUUCAGUGGCAAACACCGCCACAAAUUGCAUCAUCUGUUUCCAAUCUGGCAUCGAAAGUUCUAUCUCGGAUACGUGAAGAUGAUAUAAGCAAUGGAAGUGCAACUGCUGGGGACAGAGAGGAUGCUCGACUAGACACAGGGGAUGAAAAUUCAGACAAGCCUAAAAUGGCAGUGAAGGCUACUAUCGAAUUGCUUAAGGGGAAGAGUGCCUGCAAUGAUGAAUCUACAUUUGAGCUUCCUCAACCUUCCAAAUUCGCAGCAAAAGUGCUAGCAAAGUUGCAGAUCAGGGGAUCAGUGGAUUAUGCAAAGGCAAAGGAUACAAGUGCUAAACAGCGUGCUUCAAAUGAUGGUUUGGUAAGCAAAGAAGUGAAAAAUGAGCAGAAAUCCCCAGCUGGUUUGGAGGCAACAACUUCAUACCAGUACAUGGUUGAAGUGGAGGAAAAUGGAGGAAUCCCCCAUAAAAGGAAUCAUCCCUCUGACAAUAGAAGUGCAUGUUUAAUUAGAAAUGGACAUGGGAUCCACAAUGCUUUUAAGGAAAAUCAUUCUGCCUCAGCCUCUUACUGUCAGGAGUGUUAUGGGGUCCUUGGAGUGGGAUCUCAAUUGGGCGCAAAGGAGAUAGUGCAGGGUUUACAGAAUUUAAAAGUGUUGGAGAUAGAAGAUGUGGAACAACAGGCUGAUGUCAAACAGUGUCCAAGCUCAGGGGAAGGUGGUGCUGGAAGCCAUGUAAGUUCAUCAACCAAAGGGGAUAAUGAGUCGAACCCAAUAACAGAUUGUGAAGUUUGCUGGGAAGACUUGCAUUUGAAGGAGGAAAUUGGGCAAGGUUCAUGUGCUGUCGUUUAUUGUGGAAUUUGGCAUGGAUCGGAUGUUGCUGUUAAGGUAUAUUUUGGAAAUGACUACCAUGAAGGGACUUUAAUUACCUACAAAAAAGAGAUUGAUAUAAUGAGAAGGUUGAGACAUCCAAAUGUAUUGCUUUUUAUGGGAGCAGUGUGUUCACAGGAGAGACUAGCCAUAGUUACAGAGUUCUUACCCAGGGGAAGCCUCUUCAGAAUACUUCACAAAAGCAAUCAAGUUUUAGACAUCAGAAGACGUCUAAGGAUGGCCCUUGAUGUUGCUAGAGGCAUGAAUUAUUUGCAUCACAGAAAUCCACCCAUAGUACACAGAGAUCUGAAAUCUUCUAACCUGCUUGUUGAUAAAAACUGGACUGUCAAGGUUGGGGAUUUUGGCCUGUCAAGGUUGAAGAAUGCGACCUUCCUAACCACAAAAUCUGGGAGAGGAACGCCUCAGUGGAUGGCUCCUGAAAUCCUUCGCAACGAACCUUCAAAUGAAAAAUCUGAUGUGUUCAGUUUUGGUGUCAUCUUAUGGGAACUGAUGACUCAGUCCAUUCCAUGGGCCAAGCUAAAUUCUUUACAGGUUGUUGGGGUGGUUGGGUUCAUGAAUAGAAGGCUAGACCUACCAGAAGGGCUUGAUCCCAGAGUCUCAUCCAUCAUCCAUGACUGCUGGAGAAGUGACCCGGAACAGCGCCCAUCGUUUGAAGACAUAAUUCAGAGCAUAACAAGCCUAAUCCCAAGAGUUUCAGAAGCAGUAGCAGCAUCCAUUGGACAAAGCUCAGUAUCGUAAAAUGGCAUGUGGCUAAUUAGUUGGGUGUACAUGCUUUCCUAAAUCAUAAAGGAGGUCAGUCUGAACAAGCUUUGGACAAGUGACGUGGUAAAAAAAGGAAAACAGUUUUAGGCGGUAUUAUUUUGUUAGUUUAAAGUCUGUGCAGAGUAGAGGUAAAUGUUCUGUGUUGGAAAGAAAGUUGCUGUAAUAACUCUUUGUGCUUGCUUCUGUAUAAUAUCAAGCUGUUGAAAAAUAAUGUAGGUUUGCACUUAUGAGGUGACUACAUUUAUUUUUUUAAUUUUAAUUUUAA